GAGACACUACAUAAUUCCUUUGUUAAAUUUACUUGCACCAAAAACUGUAAUACAUAUUUCAGUAAUCACUGAGAAUUUUACAUUUGUUUUUCUGUAAAAUAUGCAUUUUAUGGCUGUUAAAUCUUUGAACCAAUUGUGUUGUUUAAAGACGUACUGUAUACCAUAAUACAUAUUAGAAGUACAUGUCUGGUAGUCUGAAUGUCUGAUUGCUUUAAUAAGCAAAUAUGUCAAUCAUCAAAUCCACAGCUGCCAGUAAUUAAAAUCUAUGUUGUUUUUGUUAGUCUUUUUUUACAGUGUAAAAGGGUUAGGGUUAGGCAUCACUUGUGCUGGGUAAGUUAAGGGACUAGGGAAUGCAUUAUGUCUAUGACAGGGAUCAGCAUCAAGGGACAAUUUUUUUGUAAGCAGUUGAAUUCUGGGCCAAAAUAAUCAUAUCUUCAUCAGGUAAAGUGCCUUCUAACGUCUUCAGUCAGAAACAAAAAACCCACAUUUGCUGUCUUAAGCUAACAAUAAUGUGGACGUUGUCUUUAAUCACCAGCUUGUUACGAAGACAAAUGCGUGUGAGAUAUGUAUUGUUGAUAUUUGUUGUGCAUCAUUUCAAUUUUUAAGAAUUACUACUUGUUCUUCAUUAAGUCUAACAUUUGCGAGUAGUUAUUUUACAUUUGACAUUUACUCCCCAAACCUGGUUGUCCAUGACAACAGCAGUAUUUUAUUUAUUUUUUUCAAACCAAACAUUUAGUUUAAGUUAACUGUCAAUUCUAUUUCAUUUUAUUAUUUUUUUUCAGAUUAAAAUCUAUGAAUUUUUUUUUUGUAAAGAUAAGCAAAUCAUUUCAAAUCAUAUUUGUUAAAUCAUCUGCCGGGCCAGAUACUGAUGUUGGCGGUCCAUUUUUGGCCCACAGGCCACCAAUUGCUGACCACUGCUCUAUGACGUGUCCUCACUAAGAGAUAAAAACAAGAUUGUGUCUGUGUGUGUAUUUUCCAGGUAUUACUCAUGUUGUAGGGACCUAAAUCCUGUUUACAGUCUCUCUCUCUCUCUCUCUCAGUAGUAGCAGUGUUGGCUCACGCUCACACCUACUUGGACGAACCCCUCACUGACUAAAGAUCAUGUGAUCAGCGAGUUCAUAAGCCUGACCUAUGGCUCGUGUCCAGUGCCUCUGUCUGCUGUGAGUGUGAGUGUGACAGUGAGAGCGUGAGGACAGAUGCACCAGUGGCCUGUAGCCACAUUUGGCAGCAGGACAGACACUACUCCAGGGACAAUGGGACAAGAGGAAAGCCACAACGAGGAGAUGGACCUGGUCCAAAUUCAGGAGCUGUGCAUCGUCUUCAUGAAGGAGUGUCCGAGCGGCGCCCUGCACUUGCACGAGCUGAGGAGGAUAUUUGGGGUGUCGAGCACGUCCGCAGAGGAGUCCCUUUACAUCGAGACAGUGUUCCGCACAUUUGACACAAACCAGGACAACGCACUUGAUUUCCUCGAGUAUGUAGCUGCACUUCACCUGAUUUUUCGUGGAAAUCUCGAGGAUCGACUGAAGUGGUCCUUCAAGAUGUACGACAAGGACGGGAACGGGAAGUUGGACAAGCAGGAGGUGAAGCGUCUCAUUAGGAUCCUUUACAAAAUCAAGCUGCAGACAAAUGAUGUCAGCAUGUCUCCGUCUGAGAUCUGUGACAGGAUCUUUGAGCUGGUCGACCAGAAUAAUGACGGUCAGAUCACGUUGUCUGAAUUCAUGGAGGGAGCUCAGAAAGACCAAUGGGUCAUGAACAUGUUAAAGCUGGAUGUCAACGUCACCGGCUGGGUCAACCAGAACUGCCUGAAACAAUCCUGAGCCGUCGGUUCACUGCCCCACACGCGCUUGGCUUGAUGCAGACAUAGACAUCAUGUUGUCGUCGCACCGCUGCGUUUAAACACCACUUUUACUCCGAAAAAGAAUGACACUUGUUUCAUGAUUUUUGACAGACGGUCCAAGGGUCCAGAGUCGUCGCUGUCCGCACGUGGUUUGUGUUGGCACUGAGGUGACGUCUCAAUCACAGGAGACACGUGACUCACACGGAGACAAUCAUAUUGUGUGCGUGUAUUACGAUUACAUGUUUCCUUAUUUAGGAUCAGCACUUUUUAUGUGCAUUUUAUUUUUAUUAUUGCAGUAAAGACAUAUAUUUUGGCUGCAAUUCUUCUGCCACUCCGAUCACACACGUCUGAGUGAAAUGACUGUUCCUUUAUUGUUUAUUAGAGUUGAAGAUUUAAAGUGUUUCAGCAACAGAUCACGGAAUGUCUGGUCACUGUAAGAUGCUGGUAAGGGAAUUAACAGCACCUCAAAUUACAAGUAUGUUCAUUGUAAAAGUCAACAUAAAGUUUCACAAUUUUUUACUGAAAAUCCAUUGUUGCAUUGCGCAGUAAUGAUAAUUAGCAGCAUGUCAAGUUCUCCACUUUUUCCUCACUUUUGUUCUCCCAUCAAUCAGAUUCGUUUAUCUUGGAAGGCUGAGUUUUUUGUUGUUGUUGUUGUUGUUUUACACAAUUAUGCUUUCAACCAUCAGCCAUUUCUGUCUUUUGCAGAAAAUACCAAGUGACAGCUAUUCUCUUCAUUGUUUUGAUUACUGUGUGAUGCAGUUCUAUUGUGCCACAAGUCGGGUUACAAUUUCUUUUGCUGACAAAAUGCAUCCUGGUGGCCAAGAGAAAAGCAAGCAAGACUUCAGUCAAUAUAAAUGUGGAUUUGUCAACCCUGGGAUGAAGAGAUUACCUUGAGUAAUCUGUCACCUACAAAGCUAACGCAUCUGUUUGUUUAUCAGUUUAUAUACAUUUUUCUAAUAUGGGUUUGUAUAUGGAGACAUUUGUGAUUUUUGUUCAUUUGAACACUGAUUCAGGGGUCAGUAUUAAAUGAUGUUGUGAUGCUGUGAUGCUGUGAACAACAACCUGUAGACAUAUGAGAUCACACUCCUGCUCAUGAGACACCAGGAGAAAAAAGGUGUUUUUGAAUCCACUUUGUAAACCAUUCACUGUAAAAACAAAAAGGGAAUUGAUUAGAAAGUAGAGUAUUUACAUAUAGAAUAAUAUAGAAUAUAUAGUUAGCGCAUUAGUACAUGAACGUAGUUACUUUCACCGUUCAGUCCGUCCAUCACCUAAUCAGUGUUCAAGUCAAACAUUUCUGUUCUGUAUUUGUGUCAUGUGUCCUUCAACAGAAUGUUUCAGGGUUUUUUUUCAUUAAAGCACUAGGAAAGAUCUGAAUGUCCUGCUCGUAAAUUGGCUUCAAAAUUAAUCUUCAGCAUCUCAAAAAUCCCCCCCACACACGGAGAGACAUUCACUUUCUGGGUUCACUCAUAUUACUUUAUUGACAGAAAGACACAGCACAAGGUGAGCUGAACUAUUCUGAACUAACCCUUUGUGUUUCAUCUAGGUACCAAUAGCUUUUUUUCUCAGACUCAACAAAAAGGAUUAUUCCAAUCAACCUCUCAAGGCCACAGUCUUUUCAGUUUUCAGGUUUCUCUAUAGUUGCAAAAUACAAUGUAGCUUAUCGGGGGAAAACAUUGAAAAUCUUUUUUUUUUCUCCUUGUAUAUAUUAAAUAAACGUUCAAAUGAUUUUACAAAUUACAAUUUUAAGUUUUUAUUGCAUUUAAUAGUGUGCUGUGCUGGGAAUCGUUUCAGUUGGACUCAUGGAUCAAUUAAAUCAUUCUUUUGGACCAAAGGUCUGACGUCGGUGUGACCUCAGACCUCAACCUUCUU